AUGGCUCCAAUGAUUGACGAUGGUGUCCAGUCACCCUCCAGCAGCCCUGUACUUGCCAAAUCGGGAGAUCAGACCAACAUCUACACCGAUGUUAAGGAAGACGAACUCCAGGAGACGGCAAAGGCCUGCUUGGCCAACUAUGGCACCAAAUUCGAGAAGGACAUUAUCACCGGCAGCAAAGGACUAUACGUCUACACUGCCAAUGGCCAUCGAGUUAUGGACUGGACAUCGGGCCAAAUGUCCUGCCUCGUAGGGCACGGCCACCCCGAGAUUGUCUCCACGAUCCACGACCACGCCGCGAAUUUGGAUCAUUUAUUCUCCGGCAUGCUGUCGCCCCCAGUAAUCAACCUAGCUCAACGGCUCACGUCGGUUCUCCCAAGGGGGCUAGGCAAGGCUUUCUUCCUCUCCACAGGGGGCGAAUCCAACGAGGCCGCCAUCAAGAUGGCCAAAGUCUAUACAGGCAAGUUUGAAAUUGUCGGUCUGGGAGCGAGCUGGCAUGGCGUCACCGCUCAAGCACUGGGCACUCAAUACCACUUCGGGCGCAAGGGCCAGGGACCCCUGAUGCCAGGGAUGCAUAUGCUUCCUCCACCCAACGCCUACCGCUCCAUUUUCCGCAACCCGGACGGCUCCUACGACUGGGAAACCGAACUCAACUACGGCUGGGACCUGAUCGACCGGGCCUCUUGUGGCUCCCUGGCGGCGUGCAUCGUCGAAUGCAUCCAGUCGUCGGCGGGCAUGCACGUGCUGCCGCAGGGGUACCUGAAGGCGCUCAAGAGCCACUGCGAAAAGCGAGGCAUGCUGCUCAUUGUGGACGAAGCUCAGACGGGCGUCGGCCGCUGCGGGGAUUUGUUCGCCAUCGACCACGAAGGCGUCGUCCCGGACAUACUGACGCUCAGCAAGACGCUGGGUAACGGCUUGCCCCUGAGUGCCGUAGUCAUGAGCUCCGAGAUCGAGCGCGUGUGCGCCGAGCGCGACUACUGCUUCUACACGACGCACGUGAACGAUCCGCUCCCCGCGGCCGUGGGGGACAAGGUCCUCGAGAUCGUCCUGCGCGACAACCUCGUCGCCAACUCGCGCGCCAUGGGCCUCCACCUCCACGCCGGCCUGCAGCGUCUUAAGAGUCGCUACGGCUGCAUCGGCGACGUGCGCGGCCGCGGACUCAUGGCCGGCGUCGAGAUCGUGGGCGACCGGGUCACAAAAUCCCCUGCGAUCGAGCUGGCCCGCAAUAUCUCGCGCAAGAUGUACGAGCUGGGCCUUUGGGCCAACUUGAGCAGCCACUCGAGUUUCGGGGGCGUGUUCAGGAUCGCGCCACCCAUUGUCAUCACGAGAGAGCAGCUCGACCUGGGCCUUGAGAUUAUGGAGAAGGCCCUGCAGACCACCGAGGGGACUAUGCCCUUGUACUAG